AUGAUGCUGCGUUCUGUCUCUUCAACCCUGAAGCGGUUCUCCGCUCAGCCAUCUCGUCGCUGGCUGCACUUGACCCCACGUGAAAUCGAUCACUUGCAGCUCCAUAAUACUGGACGAUUGGCCCAGUAUAGGCUCGCACGUGGGGUGCGAUUGAAUGUACCAGAAUCGGUGGCUCUCAUUACCAUGCAAAUGAUGGAAAAGAUCCGUGAUGGAGAAGAUGACGUCGCCACCCUCAUGUCUGUUGGCCAGACGUUGCUCGGACAGCGUCAAGUUCUUCCCGGCGUUUCGAAGCUUGUGAAAGAUGUCCAAGUCGAAGCCACCUUCCCUGAUGGAACAAAAUUACUCACAGUUCACGCACCUAUCGUAGCCCUUGAUGGUAAUAUGGACUUGGCCUUGGAAGGAUCUUUCCUCCCCUCUCCAGACUUGAGCAAGUUCAAAGAGAUGGAAGACGAUGAAAACUAUCCGGGAGCCAUCAUUUCUGCAGACGAACCCAUCGUCCUGAACGAAGGACUACCUUUGAGCGAAAUUUCUGUCACCAACACUGGUGAUCGGCCAAUUCAAGUUGGAAGUCACUAUGCUUUUGUUGAAACCAACAAGGCUCUUGAGUUCGACCGCAAAGUUUCUAUUGGGAAGCGUUUGAACGUACCCUCUGGUUCCAGUAUUCGCUUUGAACCAGGUGAAACCAAGACCGUCACGUUGGUCGAGAUUGGAGGAGCCAAGAAUGUGAUCACAGGAAACAAGUUGACUAAUGGUGUGGCCAGUGACGAUAGAAUUGAUGAAAUCAUGGGGCGGGUAACAGAAGGAGGCUUCAAGCAUGCUGAAGCCGCUGAAGUCCCAGAUGGUAGCGCCUAUGUCAUCGGGAGGUCUUCGUAUGCUGACAUGUAUGGACCUACUACAGGCGAUAUGGUAGUUUUGGGUGAUACCUGUCUCAAGAUUCGUGUAGAGUAUGAUCUAACGGAAUAUGGAGACGAAUGCAAGUUUGGUGGAGGCAAAUCCCUCCGUGAGGGCAUGGGACAAGCCACCGGUGUCACUUCGGCUGAUGCGCUCGAUACUGUCAUCACCAAUGCUCUUAUUCUUGAUUCGGUCACUGGAAUUAUCAAGGCCGACAUUGGUAUCAAGGGAAACAGGAUUGUCGGUAUUGGAAAAGCAGGAAACCCAGACAUGAUGAGAGGGGUUGAUCCUGGCAUGAUUGUAGGAGCCACUACAGAUGUAAUUGCUGGAGAAAAGAUGAUUAUUACUGCCGGAGGUGUUGAUACACAUGUACAUUGGAUUUGCCCACAACAAAUCGAAGAUGCCAUUGCAUCUGGUGUAACUACCAUGUGGGGCGGUGGUACCGGACCUUCUGCUGGCACAAGUGCAACGACCUGUACUCCAGCACCAGCACAUUUCGAAAUGAUGCUCCAAGCGACAGAUAAUUUGCCCCUGAACUUUGGAUUCUCUGGGAAGGGCAACACCAGUGAUCCUAAGGUGCUUCAAGAUACACUACUGGCAGGGGCUUGUGGAUACAAGCUCCAUGAGGAUUGGGGAACGACACCAAGCGCUAUCGACGCCUGUCUCACCUUUUGUGAGGAAAAUGACGUUGCUUGUACCAUCCACACAGAUACCUUGAAUGAGUCUGGCUUCAUCGAUGAUAGUGUUGCCGCAAUGAAGGGAAGAACGAUUCAUACGUAUCACACCGAAGGAGCUGGCGGAGGCCAUGCACCAGAUAUCAUCAAGAUUGUUCAAGAGCCCUAUGUUUUGCCAUCUUCAACAAAUCCAACUCGGCCCUUCACUGUGAAUACCAUGGAUGAGCAUCUUGAUAUGUUAAUGGUUUGUCAUCAUCUUGAUUCUUCCAUUCCUGAGGAUGUGGCGUUUGCCGAGUCUCGUAUCCGCGCUGAAACUAUCAGUGCAGAGGAUAUUCUCCAUGAUAUGGGUGCCAUUUCUAUGAUAUCAUCUGAUUCUCAAGCGAUGGGAAGAGUUGGAGAGGUCAUUUGCCGCACCUGGCAGACUGCCGACAAGAUGAAAAAACAACGAGGUCCCCUCGAAAGUGAUGGCGUCGAUGACAACUUCCGAGUCAAGCGCUACCUGGCAAAGUAUACCAUCAACCCUGCCAUCACACAUGGUAUCUCUCAUCUGGUUGGCAGUAUUGAAAAGGGCAAGCUUGCGGAUAUGGUACUAUGGAAGCCUGGAUACUUUGGUGCAAAGCCUGAGAUGAUCAUCAAGGGUGGUACAAUUGCAUAUGCCCAAAUGGGAGAUCCGAAUGCCUCCAUUCCAACUCCACAGCCUGUCAAGAUGAGACCUAUGUUUGGUGGCAAGAAUAGCAACAGUUACGCCUUUGUUUCCAAGGCCGCUGCAGAGCAUGGGGUCAAGAGUCAGUAUGGUUUGAACAAAUCAGUCGAAGGUGUCACUGGAUGUUCCCACCUAACCAAGCACGACAUGAUCCUCAAUGAUGCACUUCCAGAGAUGGAGGUGGAUCCUGAGACUUUUGAAGUUCGCGCAAAUGGUGAAGUGCUCACGUGCGAACCAGCGGACAAGCUUCCGCUUGCCCAGAAGUACUUUUUGCUCUAA